UCAGUAUUAAAAAUAUCUACAGUUGAGGGCGAGAGCUGAGGGAUGCAGAUCAUAUGAUUCUUUAUAAUUUGAUAAAGUCUCUGGGAAAGAUUUCAGGAUCGGAGAGACCUCACGUAGACAAGAAAGCCAAGGAGGACUGAGGGAGAGGGAGGUGGACACUCCGGGUGCUGUUUCACUCUCCACUAUUCGCACACAAAUCCUCUCUACCCCUCCCCCAUCCUCUUCUCGCCUAGUCACUGAUUCUGACUGACAAGGCACAGGGGUAAAAAAAAAAAAAAUCCCAUGGGGUCUCCAGCAGGAAGCCUCUUAUUGUCCUGCUCUAAGGACCAGCGAGGAUAAAAAGAAAAGGCUGUCUUCUCCCCUUUCUCGCUCCCGCCACGCCAGGCUUGCUGUGGCUGGUGGGAAGCAGUUUCAGGCCCCACGCAAUACCUUUUGUAAAGCCAAGGUGCGUGCGUGCGUGCGUGCGUGUGUGUGUGUGUGUGUGUGUGUGUGUGUGUUUUGUUUAUGUAGGGAGGAGGAUUGGGGGUAGGAUCCUAUGACGUUGCGGGCUCCGCCUCCUGGUGAAUAUAAGGGGCGCUUGGCGCGUAACGACCCCAAACCGCAGCUUUGAAGCCUGAGCUACGCAACUCGGCAACCCUAGCCCAACUCGCUUAAGUCUGCCUCACCGAGCCGGACUCCAGAUUCUGUUUCCCGGCCUGUCACAUCUCUCUGCGGAAGCUGGGGUCCCAGUCCUAGGCGAUCUGUUUCUAGCCCUGGGGUUGAGACCAGACUGGAACCUCGUGGAUAUUGAUGUAGAAAGGGGAGUCUCAUAGACCUGCUGGCUUCUCCGGAGUUGAGCUCCUUGAUUCCCAAGGAGCCACUCACAGAUUUUAGCAUCCUCUUCAAUUCCAACUAGAAUGCUGUGGCAGGCACUUCGCAGAUUUGGGCGUAAGCUGGUACGGAGACGUACGCUGGAGCCAGGACUGGCUGAGACCCGCCUUUCCAGAUGCCUCAGCACUGUGGAUUUAGUGGCCCUGGGUGUGGGCAGCACAUUGGGUGCGGGCGUGUAUGUCCUGGCUGGUGAGGUGGCCAAAGAUAAAGCAGGUCCUUCUAUUGUGAUCUGUUUUUUGGUGGCUGCUCUGUCUUCUGUGUUGGCUGGGCUGUGCUAUGCAGAGUUUGGUGCCCGGGUCCCCCGUUCUGGUUCUGCAUAUCUCUACAGCUAUGUCACUGUGGGUGAACUCUGGGCCUUCACCACUGGCUGGAACCUCAUCCUCUCCUAUGUCAUCGGUACAGCCAGUGUGGCCCGGGCCUGGAGCUGUGCUUUUGACAACCUGAUUGGGAAUCACAUCUCUCACGCUCUGAAGGGGACGAUCUCACUGAAUGUGCCCCAUAUCCUGGCAGAAUAUCCAGACUUCUUUGCUAUGGGCCUUGUGUUGCUGCUUACUGGAUUGCUGGCUCUGGGGGCUAGUGAGUCGGCCCUGGUUACCAAAGUGUUCACAGUGGUGAACCUUUUUGUUCUCGGCUUUGUCAUCAUCUCUGGCUUCAUUAAGGGAGACCUGCACAACUGGAUGCUCACAGAAGACGACUACGCAUUGACUAAAGCUGGACUCAAUGACACUGAUAGCUUGGGCCUUAUGGGAUCUGGAGGAUUUGUGCCUUUUGGCAUCGAGGGGAUUCUUCGUGGAGCAGCUACCUGUUUCUAUGCGUUUGUUGGUUUUGACUGCAUUGCUACCACUGGGGAAGAGGCCCAGAAUCCACAACGUUCCAUCCCCAUGGGCAUUGUAAUCUCAUUAUUUGUGUGCUUUUUGGCAUACUUUGGUGUCUCAUCAGCACUCACCCUCAUGAUGCCUUACUACCAGCUUCAACCGGAGAGCCCUUUGCCUGAAGCAUUUCUCCAUAUUGGAUGGGUUCCUGCCCACUACCUUGUGGCUGUUGGCUCCCUCUGUGCUCUUUCUACCAGCCUCUUGGGUUCUAUGUUCCCUAUGCCUCGGGUGAUCUACGCAAUGGCAGAGGAUGGCCUCCUGUUCCGUGUCCUUGCCCGCAUCCACACCGGCACACACACACCUGUUGUGGCCACUGUGGUCUCUGGCAUUAUUGCAGCAUUCAUGGCGUUCCUCUUUGAACUCACUGAUCUUGUGGACCUUAUGUCAAUUGGGACCCUGCUUGCUUACUCCCUGGUGUCUAUUUGUGUUCUCAUCCUCAGGUAUCAGCCUGACCAGGAAAUGACGACUGGGGAAGAGGAAGUAGAAUUACAGGAGGAAAAGAUAUCAGAAGCAGAGAAGCUGACCCUCCAGGGACUGUUUUGCCCACUCAAUUCCAUCCCUACUCCACUUUCUGGCCAAGUUGUUUAUGUUUGUUCCUCACUGCUUGCUGUACUGCUGACUCUCCUUUGCCUGGUGCUGGCCCAGUGGCAAAUUCCACUGCUUUCUGGAGACCCAAUAUGGGUGGCAAUGGUUGUGCUACUCCUGCUGCUCAUCACUGGAAUCACUGGGGUUAUCUGGAGACAGCCGCAGAGCUCUACUCGCCUUCACUUUAAGGUGCCUGCUGUGCCUCUCCUCCCAAUAGUGAGCAUCUUUGUGAAUGUUUAUCUUAUGAUGCAGAUGACACCUGGUACCUGGGCCCGAUUUGGGGUCUGGAUGCUGAUAGGAUUUGUUAUCUACUUCAGCUAUGGGAUCCAGCACAGCUUGGAAGAAUUUAAGAGUGUCAAACCCCUGUCUAAGUCUAGGACCAAAACUGUGGACCUUGAUCUCAGUAGAUCUGUAGACCUUGAUCUCAGCAGUCCUUGUAUCCACUCAUUUUGACACACCUGAGUGCUACCUGCUCCCCUGUACAAAAAUGGAGAGUACUCUUGAUCCCAUGGAAAGCUGGCCCUCCCAUGUGAUGUUGGUGGGGGAUACUAAUAAAGCUCUGCAUUUAUUGUAGAGCCAAGGAUGUGUCCUUGCUGUUUCUCAUCUCUUUUUUUUUUUUUAACUUGUCUACUUUUAAAUGGU